AUGUCGUCCCAGGACGUCCGCUCCAUCCUCAACCUCCCCGCGGCAGGUCCAUCCACGGGCUCCCACUCGAGGAAGUCCGCCAACAUUGCACGCAAACCAGAUGGUAUCUCUCGAGAAUUGUACGCCCUCAUUGGAGACAAUGCACCGUCCCUUGCAGAAGCGCAAGCUUCCAUCGCCGCCGUAAAGUACCGCGACAGGCCCAAACUCAAGACCAAAAAGGUCAAAUGGGAGUGGACAGACUUUACACCUUUCGCGAGGGAAGGGCAGGUCGGCGCGCCUCGUCUCGGCCACUGGGUGCGCGUGACGGACGAUGACCCGCAUGCCAGAGUGGACUAUUUCGGCAGCUUCAACCUCCACGGCCCCAGCGUCAUGGAGUACUCACAGUUUGAGUAUGACCAGCACCUCGUGGACCCCAACUGGACCGCGCAUGAGACGUCGUACCUCUUUGAGCUGCUGCGCCAGUAUGACCUCCGCUUCGUCGUGGCCGCGGAUAGGUAUGAGUACCCCGGCAGGACGGGAGGUCCCAUCAAGAGGCGAUCAGUUGAGGAAAUGAAGGACCGCUACUACACCAUUUGCAGGCGGCUGGUGCGGACACGUACCGCGAGCGACGCGCAGGUCCAGCAGCAGCAGAUUGUGCAAUACUCGUUUGACAAGGCGCGCGAGAUCAAACGCAAGCAGUAUGCGUCCGAACUCUUCCACCUGACCGCCGCCGAGAUUGCCGAGGAGGAGGCCCUCUACCUCGAGGUCAAGCGUCUGGAACAGAAUGAGAAACGUUACCGUGCCGACCGCGACGACCUCAUGCGCAGCAUCAUUGGUCUCGACAGCGGUCUGGUUAACCUCACUGGUGCCAACAACGAGGGUGUCCACGGUCUGGACAGGAACAAGAAGAAGCGCCGUCCAGAAGACGAGGUUCCAAGCGCAGCGGCGAGCCCAGCGGGUCCUCCGACCAAAAAGCAAAAAGACCAGGCUGCCUUUGAUACCGCCCACUGCAUCUACCGCGUGCCCCAAAUCCCCGUUGGCCCCAACGCCUCACACCUGGCUACCAAGCACCCAGUGCACCAGCCCGUCCACCUCCGCUCGUCCAAGAUGCCCGUUCCCAAGCCCAACACGGCUAUCCGCGUCACGGAGCUCCUCACCGAGAUGGCCGUCAGUACUACGCGCCUCGUCAUGCCCACGCGCACCAACCUCGAGGCGUUCGAGGGUGUCCUCACAGCGGCCGCCAGCCUGGUGGACAUGAAACGCCAGGUCGACCGCGUCGAGCAGGAAGUGCGCACGCUCAGGGCUCAGCGCGAAGGGUUCAUCCCGCCCGUCGAGCCGCAGAGCAGGAAGCGGUCCGAAUCGGUCCUGUCCACUGAUACAUCGGGAACAGGCGCGCGCAGGAGUCGUGCGCUCUGA